CUCCCACUGUAGCGCUUCGCAUCUCUCAGCGAGGGGUCAAUCUGGACGGACGAUGCGCCCGUCACCUGCUGCUCUCUUCGUUUUCCUGCACAUUGGCCCAACUCUCGCGUUCUGGCCUUUUGGUUCUGGAAAACGAUUCACGAGUGAAGCAUUCGUAAAUGCGGGAGCUUUGGGCCUUGACAAGGUGCAGGGGAGGGUGGUGGCUGUCGGUGAUUGGAAUGGGGAUCAAAAACUUGACCUCUUUACACUGAGCAGUGAUCAGAGCUCUGUCAACGUGCACAUAUGGGAUGACGACGCCUUUGAAUACAAGCUCGUUAGAACUCUGUCUACCUCUCGGAAGAUAGGUAACAUCGUUCCGAACGAUUUCAACCGCGAUGGUCAUCUUGACCUACUUGUCAUGUAUGGAGAAGACGAAGGUGGAUGGUGGAGUUCAGCCUCUGAGAAGAUCGCCAUGGAAGUAUACCUCGCAGACGGAAAAGGAGGAUUCAAUACUCAACCAUGGACCAUGCCGGAUUCAUCUGGAUCCCAGCCGAUGAUAUUCGAUGCUGAUGGAUCGUUACGGCCAUCGUUACUUGGUAGACUAUCACAAUCUAGGGGAGAGGUGAAUCCGAUCACCGCGUGGUUGAAUUCGGGCACCGGGAUGUCACUUGCAUCGGUGCCAUUUCAACAACCUGAACUUGUCUGUCAUCUUUCCAACCCCCAUUCGAGCGCUUUUGUCGAUAUCAAUGGAGAUUGUCUGGCGGACCUAGUCUUGGACUGUAUAGAUGCGCGUGUGGACUCUAGAUCGAUUCAGAUAUGGCUGAAUAGAGGAUCUGAGGGCUUCCAAUUUGCCAAAUCUUACAACUUGCCUUCUGGAGCGGGAGCACUCUCCUUCGCUGACAUGAACCGUGAUGGAACGCUUGACAUUAUUUUCCCCACUUGCUCGAGAGUUUCAACUAGUACCGGCGCAUGUCAUGGUGCAGCCCUCAACGUAUUGUACAAUCGUCAAGUCCCCAUUUGCUCCGGAUCCAGCUCGGAGUUUGUUGGAGGACAAAUCAACGGGACGUUGAAAUGUCGAGGAUGGGGGGAGCUCUGCAUCGCGGAUGACAAUUUUGAAUUUUCCUUCACUCUCGGUCACGACUCUUUCCUGUCCAUUCCAUUCAGCUCAAUAUGGCCGAAAGAUACCCCCGAACUACUCGUGAACGUUGCCAAAUCUCCGUCCAUCCCUCUACCACUUCGGCCUGGCGAUUUCAACCUCGAUGGGUUUCCGGACCUCCUGUUGACGGUUUCCAACAGCUCAGCUGUGCCUCAUGGUGGUGUGCUCGGCGGCUCAUCGACCGGCACGCAGGUCAAGAUCCUACAGAAUGUACCGUGUGCCCGUGGCGUUGCGGGCUGCGGAAAGUCGAACAAGGGAAGAGGCUUCGCAGUGGGAAAUGGAAAAGGGUACGGCGAUUUGGAUCACAUUUGGGAUGCUCAAGGGGCGAGCUGGAUUGACAUUGAUGAUGACGGCACUCUUGACAUCAUGGUGCAGCGAUCAGGGGAUCAAGACAAGACGCAGGUCGCUUUUAUUCAGAACAACUUCUAUCACGACGCGUUUUUUCUCAAGGCUCAAGUGUUGAAUGGCGCGUGCGAACGAGAAUGUGUACCGUCCGCAGGCGGCCCGAAAUACAGCCCGCUUGGUGUCAGCUAUUCUGGCGCGACAUACAAGUUUACCGUUUUGGAUACCUUGGGUCAUCGGGUUGCCCAGCAAGCUGCACAACUGCCUCAAACGGGAUAUCAUGCUCUAGGUACACCGUAUUCCUUCAUAGGUUUAGGUCGAACGAACAACUAUGUCGAGCGUUUGUACGUCGGGACGUCGCUGUAUCCACCAUAUCAUACGACAUACAUUGAGUCUCUGGUCCCCAAUUCUCAAAUCAUCAUCAAUCCACCGUCUCCUCCCGAUGAGGGCGCAAACGUCUCAUUACCUGUCAAGUAUCGAUCUUCAGGAUGGCGAUCUGAGCUGUACUUGUCUCCUGGUGACUGGGUACCAUGGGUCGGCGCAGCUGUGGUAGGGCUGGUAUGUACACUGGGAUUCGUAGUCAUCUGGUUGAACGAACGGGAAAAGGUGAGUGUGAUCCGGCAAACGACUAUGCUGACACAUGGUCAGCGUGAAGAUGAGAUUGAGCGUCGCCGUGCUCUACACGCCAUCAAUUUCCAAGCAUUAUAGAGGUAAUUGUCUUGGUGAUAGCAGAUCUGCUGUUGUAUGGUUAUCAGCAUGUCAUCGAUGGAAUGGAAUGGGCGGGUAAACGUGAUUUGCAAAAGGUGAAACAAACCCCCC